AUGGCAAAAAUAAAACCGAUCAAUGAAUUCCCACCAACAACAACAACGAAUGCAACAAGCUCAUCAGCAACCUCAAAGAACAGUACAUCCAAUAAUCGACCAAAAUCAUCUUCCGCAACUUCAAAACCCACAAAACCCGAAGCUAAGGCUGUGAUGAAUGAUGAAAAAGCAUCCACUCUUGAACAGGGCGAAAAAUUGGAAAGCGUUUCCGUCGUACUAAAUCAUUCUUCAGUGCCAACGGAUACGUCAGGAAAUGUUCCGAGAGCAUCAUCGCCGAUGGCAUUCAGUGAUUCAGUGAGUGUUGUUUCAGGAAUUAAUGAUGGAGAUGAAACAGGAAUUAAAGUGGUGGUGAGAAUGAGACCAAUUAAUGAGAGAGAAACAAAGUUAAAAGCACAACCUUGUAUUAGUAUGAAUAAGGAAACCAAAGAAGUGUUGAUAAAGCGAAAAGAUAAGGAGGAAAAAAAGUUUUAUUUCGAUGACGUAUUUGAUGACAAAGCCGCUCAACAAGAGGUCUUUUUGUCAACAGGAAAACGAGUAUUAGAUAGAUUUGUUUUGGGCUUCAAUACAUGGACCAUGCAAGGUUUAAAGGGAGAACCAGAAAAAGAAGGAAUUAUGACUCGUUUUGUCAGAGAGCUUUUCAACUAUGUCACAACAGCUCAAGAAAAAACAGAUAUCACCAUUAAGGCAUCUUAUCUUGAAAUAUAUAAUGAAAAUAUAUUGGAUUUGUUAAAUCCUCACAGCGCACGGGUUCAAUAUGACAUUCGAGAGGAUAAAGUCAAAGGUAUCUAUGUGAAUAAUCUCAUUGAGAGGCCUAUAACCAAUGACGUUGAGUUAAACGACAUUUUAGAGGAAGGUGCAGGGCGGAGAACUGUUGGAGAAACAAAAAUGAAUGAAGUUUCUUCGCGUUCUCAUUCCGUGUUAACAAUUUCUAUGGAACAAAUCGAUAAAGGUGAUGAAGAUGGAUUUUCAUUAAGAACGAACAAAAUUGCAUUGGUCGAUUUGGCUGGUAGUGAGAGAGCUGGUGCAACAGAGGCAACUGGAGAUAGACUAAAAGAAGGCGCAAAGAUUAAUAUGUCUCUGUCAAUGCUUGGAAAUGUGAUCAACGCUUUGGUCAAGAAAUCGAACUUUGUUCCUUACCGAAAUUCCAAAUUAACGAGAUUGCUCAAAGAUUCAAUUGGAGGCAAUUCUUACACCUUGCUUGUCACUUGUGUAAGUCCAGCAGAUGUGAAUGCUGAAGAAUCAUUGAGUACUCUAUACUUUGCUGAUCGAGCAAAACAAAUCAAGAAUAAGCUUAAAGUUAGCAGAGGAGAUCCUAAAUUGGAGAAGAUUGCAGAGUUACUUGAAUUAGAAAAGAAAUUAAGAGCUAGAAUAUUGGAAUUGGAGACUGAGCUUGCAAAAUAUACCAAUGUUCCUCCACCUCGACCAGAACUUGCAAAAGAAACAAUAUCCAUCGAUAUGGAAACCAACACGGAAAUUGAAUUGAUGGAGAAACGAGCUUCUGCAAGGAUGAUGCCACGGCAUGCUGUCAAAUCAAUUCAAACAGAUCCUUUGCAAGAAAAAGGAUGUUGCUUGAUGAUGUAA